GCAAGCUAGAGCUAAGAAGAUACGUGAAGCUUUAAAUGGCCUUAUUGAGCAGAUCUGGGUUGAAAACAACAUACAACAAGCAAAUCGAAGCUUGGAUGAUUAUCAAGGCAUGAUAAACGUCAUUCAGGUUCAAGAGAAGCUUAAUUGAGAUGCAUUCAACGAUGAUGCCUAGAACUCAAAUUUCAACAUGGACAGAUUUAUGAGAGGUAGAGGGGGUCAAAGAUAUAGAUUUAACAAAGGAGACCAAAAUCUAGCAAGGUGGGGAGAUUGGCAAGAUCAUGACUUAGGCAGCAUCAAGAUGAAGAUUCCUUCAUUUCAAGGCAAAAAUGAUCCAGAUGUGUAUUUGGAGUGGGAAAAGAAGGUGGAAUUGGUGUUUGAUUGUCAUAACUACUCUGAGGAGAAAAAGGUGAAACUAGCAGCGGUGGAAUUUACUGAUUACGCUGUGGUGUGGUGGGAUCAGCUUGUGCUUAGUCGACUUAGCACUGUUUUGGUUGAAAAGCUUAAUUUACCUAUGAUGAAGCAUCCAAGGCCAUAUAAGCUGCAAUGGUUAAAUGAUUGUGGAGGAAUCAAGGUAAAUAAGCAAGUUCUGGUUUCAUUCUCUAUCGGACGAUAUAAGAAUGAGGUACUAUGCGACGUGGUUCCCAUGCAUGCUGGACAUUUACUUUUGGGGAGACCAUGGCAAUAUGAUAGGAGAGUAAGGAGAGUAACACAUGAUGGCUUCAAAAAUCGCUAUUCAUUCAUCAUGGAAGGGAAAACAAUUACUCUUACACCAUUGAGUCCAAGGCAGGUUUAUGAGGAUCAACUGAGAGUAAAAAAAGAGAGUGAGUUGAGAAAUGAGAGUGAGCUUGAGGGUACGAAAAACAAAGGGAAAACAAUUACUCUUGCGCCAUUGAGUCCAAGGCAGGUUUAUGAGGAUCAACUGAGAGUAAAAAAAAAGAGUGAGUUGAGAAAUGAGAGUGAGCUUGAGGGUACGAAAAACAAAGAGAAAACAGCAGAAAAGGAGUCCAAAAAGAGAGAAAAGAUUGAGAGUGUUGAAAACAAAGAGAGAAAAUCAGUGAGUGUUUAUGCAAAAGAAAGUGAUGUCAAGGACUUUAAGGAUGUGUUUCUAGAUGAUGUUCCUAAUGGUUUACCACCAGUAAGAGGAAUCGAGCAUCAAAUUGACUUCAUUCCUGAUGCAACAAUUCCAAACCGACCAGCAUAUCGAAGAAAUCCCAAUGAGACGAAAGAACUUGAAAGGCAGGUCGAAGAACUCGUGAAAAAGGGACAUGUGAGAGAAAGCAUGAGUCCAUGUGCAGUACCAGUGCUACUUGUGCCUAAGAAGGAUGGGACUUGGCGUAUGUGUGUUGAUUGUCGCGCGGUCAACAAAAUCACUAUUGUUUUUUUAGGGUAUGUUGUUUCAACUGAUGGAAUCGCAGUAGAUGAAGAAAAGGUUAAGGCUAUUAAAGAAUGGCCAACACCUAAAAAUAUUUCUGAGGUGCGGAGUUUUCAUGGUUUGGCGAGUUUCUACCGGCGAUUCAUCAAGGAUUUCAGCACAAUUGCAGCACCAUUGACUAAAAUUGUGAAAAAAAGUGUUGGAUUUAAGUGGGAAAGUGAACAGGAGAAUGCUUUCAAUUUAACUAAGGAAAAUUUAAUUUCUGCACCGUUACUUGCUUUACCUGAUUUUACUAAAACUUUUGAAAUUGAAUGUGAUGCAUCAGGUAUUGGCAUUGGCACUGUUUUGAUGCAAGAGCGGCGACCUAUUGCAUGUUUCAAUGAAAAAUUGAUUGGUGCAGCACUUAACUAUCCUACUUAUGACAAUGAGAUGUAUGCAUUAGUAAGAGCUUUAGAGACAUGGCAGCAUUAUCUUUGGCCUAAGGAGUUCGUGAUACAUACUAAUCAUGAGUCAUUGAAGCACCUGAAGGGACAAGGUAAGUUGAAUAGACGACAUGCUAAGUGGGUGGAAUUCCUUGAGACGUUUCCCUAUGUGAUCAAGUAUAAGCAAGGAAAGGAAAACAUUGUGGCUGAUGCAUUAUCUCAUAGGUUCUCGAAGAUGGCACACUUCAUUCCAUGUCAUAAAACUGACGAUGCAACCAAUAUUGCGAAUCUAUUCUUCAAGGACGUUGUUCGUUUACAUGGCAUUCCAAGGACUAUCGUUUCUAAUCGCAAAGUCAAGUUCUUAAGUUACUUUUGGAAGACAUUGUGGGGAAAGCUGGGAACUAAGCUACUGUUUUCGACUACUUGUCAUCCACAAGCUGAUGGACAAACAGAAGUGGUUAAUAGGACAUUGUCAACCCUAUUGCGUUCUAUUAUUCAGAAGAACUUGAAGAACUGGGAAGAGUGUUUGCCGCACGUUGAAUUUGCUUAUAAUCGGAGCAUCCAUUCGGCAACUAACUGUUCACCAUUUGAAGUUGUGUAUGGUUUUAAUCCACUCACUCCUUUAGAUUUAUUGCCUUUACCUAUUGACGAACAAGCUAGUUUGGAUGAGAAAAAGAAAGUUGAAGUGGUUAAGCAACUGCAUGAAAGGGUGCGACAAAACAUAGAGCGACGAACUGAGCAAUAUGCAAAACAAGCCAACAAAGGACGCAAGAAAGUUGUAUUUGAACCUGGUGAUUGGGUUUGGGUGCAUAUGCGCAAGGAGCGAUUCCCUGCACAAAGGCGUUCUAAGCUACAACCAAGAGGUGAUGGACCAUUUCAAGUGAUUGCAAGGAUUAAUGACAACGCAUAUAAGUUGGAGCUUCCUGAUGACGAUUUGAGGACAAAUCCUUUUGAGGAGAGAGGGAAUGAUGGGAAUCAAGACGACAGCAUAUCUACCACGUCAUGUGAUCCAUUACACACCCAAGGAGGUCCAAUCACGCAAGCUAGAGCUAAUAAGAUGCGUGAAGCUUUAAAUGGCCUUAUUGAGCAGAUCUGGGUUGAAAACAACAUACAACAAGCAAAUCGAAGCUUGGAUGAUUAUCAAGGCAUGAUAAACAUCAUUCAGGAUCAAGAGAAGCUUAAUUGAGGUCAUUUAUGCUAAAUUACACAGUUUGCGUCAAUCUCGCAAUUCUGUCGCAAUUUGUAACAAACUGAUAUUUCAUGUUACUUUAGGCUACUUUUAGUGAUUUUCACGUUUUUUAUAUUAUUUUGGGUUGAACAUUCAUUUAUUUAAGGCCCAAUUCGUGGUUAUUAUGAUUAGGGCUUAGAGUGUUAGUUUCCUAUUCU